AUGUCAAAUGUAAUAAAAGAAAUAAAAAUGGAUUGUACUGUGAAAUCAGAAAUGAAGGAUACUACACGAGAAACAUCGCUCAUCACUAAGACAGCAGGCGUUGUUGCUCGAUUAACAAGUAAUAUGGCAGCAGAUGUUCAAUCAUUAAUAUUUCAACGUCACAAAUUAGCAAAUGGCACAGCCGGAUAUGUCUACACUGCUAAGAAUUCAGGUCCAGCAUCAGAAAAAGUUGUUCGUUUGGGACGUGAAGAAUGCUCGGAAAAUGAAGGAUGUGAUUAUGCGAUUGCAGUAGUUAAUAGACAAACGGGAAAGACAGAUUAUUUUCCUACUAAACUGAUUUGUUUCGAAAAUGUUUCAGUAUCGGAUUUCCAAACCUUAUUAGAUUCUAGUUACAAAAGGAAAAUCGAUUAUUCCAUCGAUAAUAGUAUUAGCAGAGAAUCAUGGGCUGACAAACGGCGUGCAUUAACAGAUGAUUUUGGAUCAGUGAAAAGGAUUAAAAUGCAAGAUGCUGCAAAACGCCGACAAAUCAAUGAUGAGACGCUGUCAGUUAUGCUUAGUUCGGCAUUUUCGUCUGCGAAUAUGAAAAAGGAAGAUGAAACAAAUAAACAUGAAAUUUCUUUGCUGAAGACGGCUGAGAGUUCGGUGUUACCGAAAGCAAAUAUGGAUGGAAAAUCGCCACGAGAAAUAUAUUUGUUUUCAAAUUUUUUGUCGGAUGCGGAAAUUAUUACAUUCAAAUCUGAAGCAUUUGAUCGUCUGAAUGACUCAAGGAAAAAUCUAAUCGCAAGUGGGUUGUCGCCUCUCGUAUGUAAUCUUAUUGGCAACAUUAGUAUAAAUACUGAACGAACAUGUUUUUUAUUGCUCUUGGAUGCUAUGAUACAUUGUUACAAGAUUUUGGCAAAACGUCGUUUUUUAUUGCAAACAGAGUGGAUACAAUUGCAGUACCCAAUGAUAGUACUUUCUAAAAUUCGUGAACUUUUUCUCCCUGGUGAAUUUGUUUGCGAAAAUAGCAGAAGUAAACGAAAGUUACCAAUUAAUUUAAUGGUAAAAGAUAGAUUAUUGGCGCAUAUUUUAUGCCUGGCGAUUAUAUUAGACUAUGAAAAUAUAAGUUUACCAAUCACUCCGUGGGCUAAAGAGCUUGGAACUGCUGAACCUAAGAUUAUCAAAAUGGCAACUGCACUUGGUUGCAACGUAAGCACGGCAACGGCAGCCGAAGGUGUUCGUUUGGGAACCUUAAAAAUAGCGCGAUUAGUUGGACCACCACAAAAAUCCAAAAAACGAUUUUCUGGACGAGGUAGUGCUGGAAGAGGUCGCUAA